AUGUGUAUUUGGCUUUUGGAAGAACGAAUAGUAGAAGUUUCAAUACAUGGUUCAAAGAACACUAUAGCUCUUUUCCUCACCAUCAACCUCGUCCUAUUUGGCUUCACGGUGUCCCAAACUCCGACGUGUCCCAGGGACAUCGGAGCUUGUAGCGACAUAUUUGGCAUCGACGCAAUUAUCAACCCUCGAACAGUGAGGCCAUGCUGCGAUCUUGUGCGUGGGCUUGACAGCACUAUGGCAUGUGUAUGCAUCUGCGAUGCCAUUAAAGUCAAAGGCUUCAAUUAUCCGUUUACUUUGGGACUUGCUGAGGUUCUUUACUUUUGCUAUGUUCUCUUUCCACCAAGUGUUUACAGAUGCGGUCCAUCGUCUUCAUCACAAAAGUAGCAGUCUAGCAGACCGGUUCUGUAUUAUCGGAUAAUAAUGGUGCAAGUAUGUUUCUCUGAUAAUUUAUACGUGUGCUUAGCAUGAUUAUGUUGUUUCUGAAAUAAAGUGAUAACAUUCCUACUGUUAAUUUUCACAUGUUUGGGACAA